AGCAGAGCACGCGCUACGCGUGACUGGCCUGUGAAAGAAAAGAGUGGUGGUCUCUGGACACGUACGGCGCAGCCACUCCAGGACUGGAAAGAUCGGCGGCGAGACCACCUGUCGAGACGAGGCUCCCCCGCACCGCCACGGCGGCCGAGCUCUGCACACCUGUUCGCCUCGCGCACUUCUCCCGUCUUAUAGCGGAAGUCGACGCGCCAGCGCCAUGUCCGUCGCCGCCGCUGCGUCCGCCUCUGGCUACCCGUCGUCGUCCCGCUUCCUGUCACCCUCCACGGCCGCCCGCCGCCGGUUCCUCCACCACCUCCUCGCCGCGCCCGCGCCCCCGAGGCCGCCGCAGCUUCGGCGCUGCUCCCCGUACCACUGGAUGGCGCAAUUUUGGACUGAAGGAUCGCUGGAAAAGAACAACGCUCUGGUUGAAUACCUGAAGCAGUAUGGUGUCGUUCGAACGGAUAAAGUGGCAGAAGUUAUGGAAACUAUCGACAGAGCCUUAUUUGUACCAGAGGGCUUUACCCCUUACAUUGACAGUCCUAUGCCUAUUGGUUACAAUGCAACAAUAUCUGCUCCUCACAUGCAUGCAACCUGCUUAGAACUGUUGAAAGAUCACUUACAGCCAGGCAUGCAUGCUCUAGACGUUGGAUCAGGCAGUGGCUACUUGACAGCUUGUUUUGCAAUGAUGGUCGGGCCAGAAGGUCGUGCAGUGGGGAUUGAACAUAUUCCUGAACUUGUUGCUGCCUCUACUGAAAAUGUAGAACGGAGUGCUGCAGCUAAACUGCUGAAGGACGGUUCACUCUCUUUUCAUGUUUCAGAUGGAAGGCUUGGCUGGCCGGAUGCGGCGCCAUACGACGCUAUUCAUGUGGGAGCGGCGGCACCUGAGAUCCCUCGGCCGCUGCUGGAGCAGCUGAAGCCUGGCGGGCGCAUGGUCAUACCCGUCGGCACAUACUCUCAGGACCUGCAGGUGAUCGACAAGAGCGCCAACGGAUCCACCAGCGUCCGCAAUGAUGCCUCUGUCCGAUACGUCCCUCUGACCAGCCGCUCUGCUCAGCUGCAAGACAACUGAGAUGAGAUCCUUCGCUCUGGAUCUCUAAAUGUGUGUGUAUAUACGAGUGUCUAAUAUCUUCUGAUCUACAGUACCAAUGUGGCGUCUGAUGUUUUACUUUUAGAUCGUUUGGUUUUGUAAUGCUUAUUAUCGUUGGUCGAUGUUGCUUAGAAUAUGUGAAUACGUGUUGUGUGUGAUAAGUUUGAAAACCGCUAGCAUUUGUGUGGCCUUCUUA